CAUAAAAAAAAAAAAAAAAAUUUUGAGGAGCUACAAAUUGAUAGUAACUGUUUGUUUCCCGCGAAAAGAACAAGGAAAAAUAAUGGCGGUUGCUGAUACACCGAUUCUCUCUCGAUUAGAUCGUUUAGAGAACAUGUUGAGACAACUAGAAGAAAUUAGAUACUGUAGCAGGUCACCAAAGAGCUCAUACGCAUCUACUCCAUCAAGUGGGACCCUAAAUAGUGAUGGCCUUCCCUCCUCCGUUGAUUUCUCCCCAAAGAGUCUAGAGAAGCAUUGCCGUCCGAUUAAUCGUGUGGUCAUGGAGACUGGAGUCAAGGGGACCCUCAUUGAGAGACUUGAGCAUGUAGAAUACCGUGUAUUCAAGCUGUGUUUGCAGUUGGAAGCAGCGGUGGAAGCUGAGAAAAUUGGAGAAGAAAAAGAGGAGAAAAGGAGUCAUAAAAAGAAGGGCCUAAAGCAAUUUGUUAAACUAAUUAUCAAAGGAAAACACAAAGAUAAAGCAAGGAUGAAUUAAUCACUUAAUAUAAAUCUUCAAUUUCGCUUUUUCUUUUUUCUUUAUUGUGUUUUUGGUUCUCAACUUUUCUUGGGAAUUUUGUAAAGUUUGUAUUUUGAUAGACUGCGACAAGAA